AUGGCAACGAAAGGGAGUGUUUUUUCUUGGUGUAAUGGGCAAACGGGGCUUGCUAGUUCUUGGGCGCGCCUUGAUCGUGCUCUCAUGGAUAGUUCUUUUUUGGCUUUGUUUCCUAAUGCUAGUUGUUCUUAUCUUCCACGUUCGACUUCAAAUCAUGCUCCCAUGUUCAUUGAAUUUAUGCAGGAUCCUUUCUCUUAUGGCAUGGCUCCGUUCCAUUUCCAGCAGAUGUGGGUGGACUAUCAUGAUUUUUUAGAUUGUGUUCGGUUAGCUUGGGAGAUUGAGGGGAUUGAGCAACAACUGCAAUUAUCUUGGAAAGACAAUUUGGGGAAAGAUUUACAUGAAGCAGUUUCAGAUUUGGCUACUUGGAGACAUUGGGAAGAGGUGAGAUUGGCACAGAUGGCUAAGUUAAAAUGGAAGAUGGAGGGGGAUAGGAAUACCAAGUUUUUUCUUGCUUGCCUUACUAAUAAAAGAAGAAAAAGAGUGCUUCAUAUGCAGUCAAAUGGGGUGGUUUUUGAGACGCCAGAAAGUAUUCAUCAAGGGGCAAUAGAGUAUUUCACUUCUUUUCUUCAUGGGGAGCCACCUAUAGAGCAGCCUAGUCUUGAAGAUUAUAUUGCGCCAGUCAUUUCAGAGGAGGAUAAUGCCUCCCUCACUCAUCCUCCCACUAUAGCGGAAGUGUUUGAGGUUGUGUCUUCCAUUCCGCCUCAGAGUGCAUCAGGCCCAGAUGGAUUUGGGCCAGGUUUCUAUAAAACUUGCUGGGUGAUUGUUAAAGUUGAUGUGUGGAAGGCAGUGCUAGAAUUUUUUGUGUCGAAAAAUCUACCAAAGUAUUUUACGGCUUCAUAUUUUGUUUUAAUACCAAAGGUGGAGUCGCCUACAGGUUUAUUGCCUCGCCUGAUUUCUCUGGAGCAAGGUGCUUUUGUUCCUGGAAGAAGCAUCUUUGAAAACAUUAGCCUCACUCAGGAAAUGGUUAUUCCAUUAAAAGAAGAAUUCAUGGGGAGGGCUUGGCAUAUGGCUUUGAGUGUGGAUGAUAGAUUGCAACGUAUUGGUAUUCCUCUUGCUUCCAAAUGUGAUUGUUGUAUUGAAGGUCAUAUUGACGAUAUGAAUCAUGUGCUAUUUGAGGGUGAUUUCCCUAAAAAAAUAUGGUCCUUUUUUUGCCACUAUAUUUGGUAUUCCUAUUGGAAGAGAUUGGAAACAGAAUGCGAGGACUUGGUUCAGGGGCUACUUCAUCUACACAGGUGGGAUUUAUUGUGGGUAUUCUGCCCAUCAUUGUUACCUGGCGUUUAUGGAGGAGAAGAUGCCUAG